AUGCCUGUCAUCCCUGAACCGUCGGACUUUCCAGCUGUGCUCCAAAAGGGAGGCAAUGAGUCUCAAAAGAAACCAAAUGAAGAGUCUCAGAAGAAACCAAAUGAUGAGUCCCAGAAGGCGUCUGCUCAAGACUUCUUGUCCAAGGGUCCUCAUAUUCCUGACAACAUGCCCCCCAAGGCUUCGAAGGAGGAACUCGAGGCACGCAUGAAGGAAUUGAACAAGUGA